AGUCAUCGGGUCGGUCCGAGCUACGAGUCCAGCGUGGAUUUGUUGUAAUCUACUGAGCAGCGAUUCCUUCAGAACCAGGGCCCGGUGUUACGCUCUGCUUCGGAACACUUUUGGUUCGUUUUCAAAGUUCCAGACGCGUCGCUCUUUGCCGUCAACCCAUCAGAUCAUCUGAUCUUUAACGUUUCCGGGGGAGGUUGGGUGUUCUGGUCCCUGCACCGAACCCCCGUUACAGGCGCCUUAAACUUCGCUGAGCCGGAGCCGCAGACGUCCGCCGUUUUGGACCUAUUGAUUUCACGUUGGAGAUCAUUGACGUUUGUCCGGAGGGAGCGAUGCUUCCGAGCUUCAUCUGAUCUCUUUCCGGACCAGAGCAGGACGACCCCGAUGCCUCAUGACCGGCUGCACCUGCUGCGGGGCCCGGGGGGCGGCGGUCUGUCGGUGGAGCUACGAGGGAACGAGCCGCUGAGGGAUAAAUUAUUCAGCUAAGGUGGAAGUGGACCCGCUGGGCAGACAAUGGCCCACUGGACAGAAGGGGCCUCGCUUCUGCUGCUCGUGCUGGUUCUGCUCAGCCUUCAACCGGUCCCUGGGUGGUCGUCCCACCGACGUCGAGGUCACCGCCAGAACAUCACGCUGGCUGUCAUCUUACCGCAGAGCAACACCCACUACCCGUGGGCCUGGCCUCGCAUCGGCCCUGCCCUGGAGCGGGCCGUCAGAACCAUCAAUGCCGAGCCCAGCCUGCUCCCCGACUACCACCUCACCUACGCCUUUAAGAGCAGUGAAGACAAGAAUGGCAUCUGCUCUGAGUCGGUGGCCCCGCUCAUGGCUGUGGAUCUGAAACUAGCCCACGACCCGUGGGCUUUCAUCGGGCCUGGCUGCUCCUACACGUCCUCUCCUGUGGGCCUCUUCACGACCCACUGGGACGUUCCCAUGGUUACAGCAGGCGCUCCAGCCGUAGCCUUUUACGGUGGCGUUUAUUCGUCCAUCACCAACACUGGCCCGACCCACAAGAAGCUCGGGAAGUUUGCUCUGCGGGUCUGUGAGCACUUCGGGUGGCGCGAGCAUGUGAUGCUCAUGUUCAGCGACAACAAGCUGGACGACCGGCCGUGUUACUUCGCUGUGGAGGGUUUGUACACUGAACUGAAGAGCAUCAACAUCACCCUGGUGGACAGAGUGUUCGAGGAGAACAAGUUGCCAAUCAACUACUCCCAAAUCCUGUCGGACAUUCAGAACGACAGCCGAGUGACCUUCGUCUGUUGCUCUCCCGACGUCUUCAGGAAGCUGAUGGUUCACUUCCGGAGGGCAGACAUUCCCCACGAGCAGUACGUCUUCUUCUACAUCGAUGUGUUUGGAGACAGCCUGAGCUCUGAGCACCGGCAGCCGUGGGCUCGUGGGGACGAGGACGACGCCGUUGCCAAGGAGGCUUUCCAGAGUGUGAAGAUCCUGACGUAUCGUGAGCCCCAGAACCCAGAGUACACAGAGUUUGUUGACAACCUAAAGACGGACGCUAAGAUAAUGUUCAACUACACCAUAGAGGACACGCUGAUGAACAUCAUAGCCGGAGGCUUCUACGACGGCCUGAUGCUCUACACUCACGCUCUGAAUGAGACCAUGUCCCCGUCUGGCACCCGGCCUCCAGGCAAGAUGGUCACCAGGAGGAUGUGGAACCGAACCUUCCAUGGUGUGACGGGAUUGGUCCACCUGGAUGAGAACGGAGACAGAGAGACGGACUUUGCUCUGUGGGACCUGACCGACACCAACACUAGUGCCUUCCAGAUAGUUCUGGUGUAUAACAGCUCCGAGGAGCAGCUGACGGCUCUGCCUGGGACAGCGCUGCACUGGCUGGGUGGAGUCUGUCCUCCCGACGUCCCGGCCUGCGGCUUCAAGAACGACGACCCUCGCUGCCUCGCCAAGACCAUCACCAUCCCCCAGAUGGUUUCCAUUGUGAUCUUCUUCAUCUUCAUCAUGACUCUCACCGUCACCGUCUUCAUCUAUAGGAGGAUGAAGCUGGAGAAGGAGCUGGUGGCUCAGCUCUGGCGGAUUUCCUGGGAAGACAUCCAGAUGAGCAACCUGGACAAGGUGCUGCGCAGCGGCAGCAGGAUCACGCUGUCACUGAGAGGCUCCACCUACGGCUCCCUGACCACCGGAGAUGGGAACCUGCAGGUUUUUGCAAAAACUGGCUACUACAAGGGAAACAUCGUGGCCAUCAAAUACACCAACAGGAAGCGCGUUGAGCUCAACAGGAAGGUCUUGUUUGAACUGAAGCAUAUGCGCGACGUCCAGAACGAACACCUGACCCGGUUCAUCGGCUCAUGCAUUGACCCUCCUAACAUCUGCAUCAUCACGGAGUACUGCCCCAGAGGAAGCCUGCAGGACAUUCUGGAGAACGACAGCAUCACCCUGGACUGGAUGUUCAAGUAUUCUCUCAUCAAUGACAUAGUGAAGGGCAUGUUGUUCCUGCACAACAGCGUCAUCUGCUCCCACGGGAAACUCAAGUCGUCCAACUGUGUGGUGGACAAUCGCUUUGUGCUGAAGAUCACCGACUACGGCCUGUCCAGCCUUCGAUGUGACAGCGACUUGGGGAAGGACGCUCACGCCUACUACGCCCAGAGGCUGUGGAUGGCGCCGGAGAUGCUGAGGAUGGAGUCGCCGCCUCCUCACGGAACACAGAAAGGAGACGUUUACAGCUUCGGCAUCGUCCUCCAGGAGGUGGCGCUGCGGCGAGGGGCCUUCUACCUGGAGGGGGAGGCGCUCAGCCCCAAAGAGAUUGUGGAUCGGGUGGUUCUGGGCGAGAGGCCGUGCCUGAGGCCCACCAUCGACCCGCAAAGCCACAGUCCAGAACUGGGCCAGCUGAUGCAGCGCUGCUGGGCCGAGGAGCCGGCGGAGAGGCCGGAGUUCAACCAGGUCCGAGUGUUGCUGCGCAAACAGAACAAGGAGUCGAGGACCAACAUCCUGGACAACCUCCUGUCCCGCAUGGAGCAGUACGCCAACAACCUGGAGGAGCUGGUGGAGGAGAGGACGCAGGCGUAUCACGAGGAGAAGCGCAAGGCGGAGGCCCUGCUCUACCAGAUCCUCCCACACUCCGUGGCGGAGCAGCUGAAGCGCGGGGAGACGGUUCAGGCCGAGGCCUUCGACUCUGUCACCAUCUACUUCAGUGACAUUGUGGGUUUUACUGCCAUAUCAGCGGAGAGCACGCCCAUGGAGGUGGUGACUCUGCUGAAUGACCUCUACACCUGCUUUGACGCAAUCAUCGACAACUUUGACGUUUACAAGGUGGAGACCAUCGGUGACGCUUACAUGGUGGUGUCGGGGCUGCCGGUGAGGAACGGGAAGCUGCAUGGCCGAGAGGUCGCCCGCAUGGCCCUGGCCCUGCUGGACGCCGUCCGGACCUUCAGGAUCCAGCACCGACCAGAGCAGCAGCUGAAGCUGAGGAUAGGGAUCCAUAGCGGUCCAGUCUGCGCCGGCGUGGUCGGUCUGAAGAUGCCACGUUAUUGUCUGUUUGGCGACACCGUCAACACGUCGUCUCGUAUGGAGUCCACCGGAGAAGCACUGAAGAUCCACGUGUCAGCAGCGACUCGUGACGUCCUGCAGGACUUCAACUGCUUCCAGCUGGAGCUCAGAGGAGAGAUCGACAUCAAGGGCAAAGGAAAGAUGACCACCUACUGGCUGCUGGGGGAAAGCAGCACGGGGGGCGACUAAGGAACGCGGCCGUGACGGCUUCAGGCCCAGCGAAGGUUGAAGGAGACAUGGAACCAGGAGUGUAAAUACAAGGAGCAGAGCGCUGCAACC